AUGUCAGACACAUUCGAAAAAGAUGCAUCCGAUUUCGACACCAUGCUCACUGAAAAGACCAGCUCGCAUACAUUGCUCGACAAUUUCAAGUCGUUGGCUGCGGGAGGCGUGGGAGGAGUUUGCGCGGUGCUCACAGGCCACCCUUUCGAUCUGCUGAAAGUCCGGUGUCAGUCGAGCCAGGCGUCUGGCACUCUCGAUGCGAUCCGCCGCAUCUUGCAGGAGGCUAAGACCAGACCAGGAAUGCUGCCCUUAAACCAGUUACGCGGUUUUUACAGAGGCGUGAUUCCACCUCUAGUUGGCGUAACGCCCAUUUUUGCAGUGUCAUUUUGGGGCUACGACGUUGGGAAACGGCUUGUCAGCUGGGGUUCAAGCCCCGUUACCGAUAUCGCCGGUUCAAGCUCUAAGUUGACGCCAUUAACCACGAAUCAAUUGGCCCUUGCAGGCUUCAUAUCUGCCAUUCCGACCACUUUGAUCAUGGCCCCUACUGAACGGGUCAAAGUCGUCAUGCAAACUUCAGAGCGAAGCUCGUUUGUAAGUGCAGCUAAAAAGAUAAUUGCUGAAGGCGGAGUCCAGUCGUUGUUCAGGGGCUCUUUGGCAACUUUGGCUCGUGAUGGGCCCGGGAGCGCUCUCUAUUUCGCAUCUUAUGAGUUUUCGAAAGAAUAUUUGUCCAGAAAUAGCCAAGACGCUGAUAAGCUCAGCGUUGUAAAUGUUUGUAUUGCAGGCGGAAUUGCAGGCAUGAGCAUGUGGAUCGGAGUUUUCCCCAUUGAUACCAUCAAGACGAAACUGCAAUCGAGCUCAUCGGCUCGAAACAUGUCCGAAGCAGCUCGGGAAAUCUACGGUCGUGCCGGAGUCAAAGGUUUUUUCCCUGGUUUGGGACCCGCUCUGAUGAGAAGUUUUCCAGCUAAUGCGGCAACUUUUCUCGGCGUAGAACUCACGCAUCAACUGUUCAAGAAAUACAAUAUUUAA